AUGUAUGAAUCAAUCACAUUAAGUUUGACAGGUAAUGAUACUACAUUAUCUGCAAAUUAUUUUCCAUCUCUAAACGUCAACGAGGACUCGGAAAUAGCUUUGAUAUGUUUACAAACGUUUAAUUCAUUUCCGAACAUAAAUUCAACUAAUAACAGAUUGGAAAUAGAAGUUAUCGGAGACACAGAUAAUAGAUUUAUUGAAAAUGCGAAAUUUGUAUAUGAAUUUGAAGAAGGUUAUUAUGACAUUGAUGAUAUUAACAAUAAAAUUGGUAAAGAGUUAUUAACCUUUAAUAAACUAAAGAGAACAUAUUUAUCAUUCAGUAUGAUUAUGGAUCAUAUAGAUUUUAGAACACAUAUAAGAUGUGAUGGAAGGCUAUAUUUUGAUAUUCCAAACAGUAUAGGCUCUGUAUUAGGGUUUGAAAAAAAAAAAUAUUUUUCACGCGAUGAUCUUCACCGAUCAGAAAAAGCUGUAAAUUUGAACACAAUUAAUUGUAUAAAAGUAUUGUGUAAUGUUUCACAAGGUUCAUUCAACAAUCAUCUUCAAAGUCAUUCAAUUUAUGAGUUUUUUCCGACCGGUAGAACAGGAACAAAAGUGACUCAAUCACCACUAAACCUUAUAUAUUAUAAACUUAACAAAAUAAAUAUCGAUUCAAUAACUAUUCAAUUAGUUGAUCAGAACAAUAAACCGAUUGAUAAUUUCAAGGAGACAUUAACAGUUGUUCUACAUAUUAAACGUCAUGGAUCUUAA